UGCACAACUGGUGUCCACGAGGAAUCACAAACAAAAUGCUUGAAAACUGUCAGUCACUGUGCCUAAGCAGUAUUUAUUAUCACAAGAGGCAGACGUGUAAAACCCACUCUCCCAUUGAAAGAUAAUGGAUAUGCUUAGGUUUUCAAGCUAUGUUUUUGUGCUGGUAUUAAUGGGUUUGUGCACAAUAAGUGCACAAAAAAAUACCAGUGAAAAGUUUCUGAAUGCUCAUAACAAAGAGCGAGCUCUGGUGGGUGUGCCUUUACUUGGCUGGAACAACAAAGUGGCUGCUCAAGCCAGUCUUUUUGCAAGGUAUCAGAGGGAUCAUGACCACUGUGAGAUGAAACACUCUGGAUCCACAAAGUAUGGUGAAAAUCUGUUUUGGGGUCAGGGUGGACCUUUGACCCCUACUCAAGGGGUCCAGAAUUGGGUUGAUGAGAGGAAGUUUUAUGACUACAACAACAACUCUUGCCAGCCAGAUCACCAGUGUGGAGUUUACACUCAGCUUGUGUGGAAGAAUUCCACUGAGUUGGGCUGUGCUUUGGUUACCUGUGAUAACAAAGAUACUACCCUUAUCAUCUGUUAUUAUUCUCCUCCAGGCAAUGUUAUAGGUGAAAAGCCAUAUUAGGUUAUGUGUUUUUUUGUUUUGAAAGAUGAAGCUCAAAGAGAUCAGUUUUGUAAUGUUUAAAGUAUUCAUCUUAAGCAAAGAUGUUAAUAAACUUUUUUGAUCUGUA